GGUUCCAAUCUGACGGCCGAUAUUCGGAACUCAUGCGCACGAUAACCCCAUUCAACCACUCAGCGCACGAUAGCUCACUCACGCCAAAGACGAUUAUCUUCCUCCAUGGAUGCGCACUGUUCCCUUUCCGGUUCUUCCCCGCCCUUCCGAUUUUCCCUUAAAUUUGCUCAAACUUUGAAAAGAUCGGAGGCUGUUUCCACUUUCCCAAGUCUUUGAUGCUGAAAUCUCAUUUUAUAUAAGAAUGUUUCCGAGGAUUGAUCGACGCAGAGAAGCAUUUGCAGGUUCUAGAGUUUUCAUGAUCUGGAAAUUUUAGCUGUCACCAUAUCUGGAGAUUGAUUUAUCUUGGUGGCAUAAAAUGCCUGAGCAAACAAAUAUAGUCAAAGAAACUUCUGAGAAUGGAUCAGAGUCAUCUCCAGAUGAUAAUGGCACUAUAGAGGAAAUGCCAGAAGACACAAUAUUGUCACGGCAAACAUCUGUGAACCUUGUACCAUUCAUUGGACAAAGAUUUGUGUCACAGGAUGCUGCCUAUGAAUUUUAUUGUAGCUUUGCCAAGCAAUGUGGCUUCUCAAUUAGACGCCAUCGUACACGUGGAAAAGAUGGUGUAGGCAGGGGAAUCACAAGGAGGGACUUUACCUGCCACCGUGGUGGUUAUCCUCAGCUAAAGCCAACAGCAGAUGGAAAACUACAGAGGAAUAGAAAAUCAUCCCGCUGCGGGUGUCAAGCGUAUAUGAGGAUUGUUAAACGGGCUGAUUUUGAUGUACCUGAAUGGCGUGUCACUGGUUUUAGCAAUGUCCACAACCAUGAACUCUUGAAGUCCAAUGAGGUGCAACUACUUCCAGCCUAUUGCACGAUGACUGCUGAUGACAAGAGUCGUAUUUGUAUGUAUGCUAAAGCUGGGAUGUCUGUGCGUCAAAUGCUCAGAUUAAUGGAGCUAGAGAAAGGUAUUAAGCUAGGCUGUUUACCAUUCUCUGAGAUUGAUGUCAGAAAUUUGCUCCAGUCAUUCAGAAAUGUGGACCGGGAUAAUGAUCCAAUUGACCUACUCAAAAUGUGUAAGGAGAAGAAAGACACUGAUCCCAACUUCAAGUACAACUACAAGCUUGAUUCAAAUAACAGGAUAGAGCACAUAGCAUGGUCAUAUGCUUCAUCCAUCAGAUUGUAUGAGGCAUUUGGAGAUGUUGUAGUUUUUGAUACAACACAUCGUUUGGAUGCUUAUGAUAUGCUUCUUGGGAUUUGGAUUGGAGUGGACAAUCAUGGAACAUAUUGCUUCUUUGGUUGCUUGCUUCUUCGAGAUGAAAACGUGCAGUCAUUCUCCUGGGGCCUGAAGACAUUCUUGGCUUUCAUGAACGGAAAAGCUCCAGGAACAAUUUUGACUGAUCAGAACACAUGGCUUAAAGAAGCAAUUUCUACAGAAAUGCCAGGGACUAAACAUGCCUUCUCCAUAUGGCAUAUCAUUUCAAAGUUUUCUGAUUGGUUUUCUGUCAUACUUGGGCCCCAGUAUGAUAAUUGGAAAGCUGAAUUUCAUCGUCUUUAUAAUCUGCACACUGUUGAGGAAUUUGAAGUUGGAUGGAGGGAGAUGGUUGAUAUAUAUGGACUGCAUGGAAACAAGCACAUCGUCAGCUUGUAUGCACUUCGUACAUAUUGGGCACUACCUUUUCUGAGAUCAUAUUUUUUCGCAGGAAUGACGAGUACAUUUCAGUCAGAGUUGAUAAAUUCCUACAUCCAGCGAUUUCUAAGUGCACAAUCUGAACUUGAUAAUUUCGUAGAGCAGGUGGCCUCAGUUUUAGAUGCAAGAGAUCAAGCAGGAGCAAAACUGAAGAUGCUACACAAGGUCCCUAGAGCAUCUCUCAAAACAGGAUCACCAAUUGAGUCACAUGCUGCUACUGUCCUUACACCAUAUGCCUUCUGCAAGCUACAAGAAGAACUAGUUUUGGCACCACAAUAUGCAACAAUGUUGGUGGAUGAAAGUUAUUUUAUUGUGAGACACCACACGGAAGUGGAUGGUGGGUGCAAAGUGUUAUGGGUCCCGCAAGAUGAGUUCAUCACCUGUAGUUGUCGUCAUUUUGAGUUUUCAGGAAUCCUCUGUAGGCAUGUUUUUCGUGUUCUAUCAACAAAUAAUUGCUUUCACAUUCCAGAUCAAUAUAUACCUCUACGUUGGCGUGACUCAUUGUUCACAAAAUCUGCACGCACUUCUUCGGGAAAGGUACAGUUGUUACAGUCGAUGAUUUCAUCACUAAUUACAGAGUCGAUAGAAACCGAAGAUCGCCUUGAUGUUGCCUGUGAUCACAUUGCUUUGGUCCUGGCCCGCAUCAAAGAGUUUCCUGGUACAGCAGAUGGCAGUAAUGAUAUUGCUUAUAACAGCCCCUCUGGUUCCCUGAUUCUUCCAGAUGUUGAAGAUUCUCAUAGUAUUGCUCAAAGUUUCAGCGGGAAUGCUCAUGAAUGUUUAGCAUUUGCCAAGUUGAAAGACAGGAGAUCAAGAGAUGAACUAGACAUGUACAGGAAGAGAAGACGCUGUUCAGUUCCUUGCUGUGGACAAUUUGGGCAUGAAGCCAACAAUUGCCCAAUGGUCAGAGAUGAUGAUUUAAACGGAGAUGGGCUAGGGUUUCUCUAGCAUAACUGUGAAAGAUGCGUAGCUGCUCAAUAAUGUCGUAGAUGUGCAGUCCCACAUCUUAUACAGUAAAAUCUUCCAGGCUUCUCAACUGACAGCUACAGGUUUUAUAUAAUCUUACUUUCUUACUGUUACUCACAGGAUAGAUAUAUUCCUCACAUGAUGAAAUAGAUUCAUGGUAGAAAUAGUUUGUGCCUUCCAAAGACUGGAAACCAGAGAGCUUUUCCCCUUAUAAUAUAUGUUGCUUGAUAGUGGGAAAUACGUGUAAAAAUGCGAAGGUUUAACCAAUGCAUUAUGAAUUUAAGUUCUGAUGCUAUAACUCAUCAUUUUGUGAAUUUCAUGAGAAUACACUAGUGGCAGCUAAGAUAAUGCCGUCAAGAUUUCGGCACAUUUAGUGCUGAAGUCACUAUAAGAUUGACUGCUCGUUUUCAGGUUCAUCAGCUAUGGAAACUUUGCUUAGCCUACUCGGCAGUUUCUUGGCAUCAUUAUUUCUGAUCCUUCUACCCCUUCUCCGGCGGUGGUUCAGCCCAUAUACUGCUCUGAGUGCAAGGGCUUUCCCUAAACAGGAUUCAGUUUUCUCUCCACUGUUUUGCGAACUCUCUGGAGCUUCAUUCUGGUGGCGGUUGAGAGAAACUUCACGGCUUGCUGUUUCAGUAGCCAUGGCUCACAAAUUUGUAUAGAAUACCAAAGGGAAUUUUAUAUGUCUUGCUCAGAGGAAACAGGAUUGCGAUGUUCCCGUGGGAAGAGAGUAACUGAACUUAUAUACUCGGGUCUUACUAAUACUGUUUUUGGCAUUUUGGAGAAAAGCGACAUGGAAGCUUAUGUCAGGGGGCGGUGGUGGGAUGAAAAAAGGUAAGGGUGGAGGAGAUUGAAAGCAAAGUUUUGCCUUGGCCGAAAGAAAUUCUGUUGUUAAUGCUCUUCUUCCAACAAAUCUUGGAUAAGAAGAAAAUACAUGCCAAAGAAAAGUGAAAGUACCCGCUCACUUACUGCCACCACUUGCUAGAAUAACAUUUCAUGUUCGAGAUCCGAUUUCUAAUGCUCUCUACUGUAAAAGAGAGAAAUCCAUUGAUUUAUCUUAAUUUAUGAGAAUUUUUAAGGAUUUUGAGUAGAGGGAACCAACAUUAUUGGUGAAUCAUUCUUAUUAUGAGAAAAUGAAGAGGAUUUUGAGUGAUUCCAA